AACCUCUAGCUGUGUGAGUAACAAGUUACUAGAUGGUUCACCACUGUGAUAUACCUCUAGCUGUGUCAGUAACAAGUGACUAGAUGGUUCACCACUGUGACAUUCCUCUACUUGAGUCAGCAACAAGUGACUAGAUGGUUCAUCACUCUGACAUUACCUCUAGUACCUAGUGUUCGUUUACAUCAGAACAUUGCUGGCUAUGAAUAAAUGUAUGGAAUUUGAAUAUGUAUCUAAUCAAAAUGACAAAACCAAUUAGCGAUUAUCCAGAUUCUCUUCUCUGACAAAACAUUUUUUACAAGCUACAUGAAAAAUGUCCAUAGUCUCCCUGUGUCAAUGUUGGCCUUCAGAGUUACUAUAAUGGAAUGCUGUGUGCUAAUAUUUGCGGCCAUAAUAUAAGCCCUUGAGGACAAAACAGUGAUGGUUAAACUGUGGCAAAACUGACCCAGUAUACAGUAUAACAUUACACAAAUAUUGAAUAUAUAACAAGAAAUAAAACAUACAACAGUAAACUAUGAAUAUCAAAACACUUCUGUGUCUGCCGGGAGAAUGCUUCGUUCACACAUGGCAGGAACAACAGGUCCAUCGGGGCUCACAUGGCAGGAACAACAGGUCCAUCGGGGCUCACAUGGCAGGAACAACAGGUCCAUCAGGGCUCACAUGGCAGGAACAACAGGUCCAUCGGGGCUCACAUGGCAGGAACAACAGGUCCAUCAGGGCUCACAUGGCAGGAACAACAGGUCCAUCGGGGCUCACAUGGCAGGAACAACAGGUCCAUCAGGGCUCACAUGGCAGGAACAACAGGUCCAUCGGGGCUCACAUGGCAGGAACAACAGGUCCAUCAGGGCUCACAUGGCAGGAACAACAGGUCCAUCGGGGCUCACAUGGCAGGAACAACAGGUCCAUCAGGGCUCACAUGGCAGGAACAACAGGUCCAUUGGGGCUCACAUGGCAGGAACAACAGGUCCAUUGGGGCUCACAUGGCAGGAACAACAGGUCCAUUGGGGCUCACAUGGCAGGAACAACAGGUCCAUCGGGGCUCACAUGGCAGGAACAACAGGUCCAUUGGGGCUCACAUCCUUACCUGCAUCAACUUCGAUUAUAGAAAGCCCACCUGAACAUCUUUGAUGUUUUGACUGACC